AUGGAUCAGGAUGCGAAUGUCAAGGUCUUUUGCCGUGUACGACCGCCCAACGAACGCGAACGCGGCCUUAACACCACAAACAUAAGUAGCUCUGCCGGCUUCUUUUCUCGUAAUAACGUCGCUGCGUCUUCCACGUCCUUUACAAAGAAAUGUGUGACCGUUUCCGCCUCAGAUUCAGCACAGCAGACGAUCUUUUUACAUCGUAAACACGCAUCCACCAAGACAUUUACAUUUGAUCGCGUGUUUCACGAAGGUGCCAGUCAAAAUGAUGUUUUUGAGGUGGUGGGAGCACCUAUUACCCAGGCGUGUCUUGAAGGUUAUAAUGGCACAAUCUUUGCCUAUGGACAGACAGGAUCGGGCAAGACAUUUACAAUGCAAGGACCUGAUAAUGUUAUUGACACGAUGGAGACACAAAAUUUUACACAAAAAGAAGAACUUUCAUUACGGGGUCUUGUACCUCGAGUCUUUGAUUACCUCUUUGAUACGGUGAUGGGUAAGGAGAAAACCAAUACGGUGCAAUAUACAUUUGCAUGUUCGUUCUUGGAAAUUUACAAUGAACGAGUAUACGAUCUUUUAGAUGGAGGAAGUACAAAAGAUCCAACAGGAUUACAGCUGAGAGAAAAUGGACGAAAAGGUGUACAUGUGGAAGGUCUGAUUGAAAGUGUCGUGACCAAUUCAAAACAAGCAGCAGAACUUAUGACAAUUGGGGCUCAGAAUCGACGUGUGGGGCAGACCUCGAUGAACAGAGAAAGCAGCAGGUCACAUAGUGUUUUCAUCUUACAGCUUCAGUCGAAAGAAGUGACACCGGAAGGCACCAAGAUCCGCACGUCGCGGUUCAAUUUGGUAGAUUUAGCAGGUUCAGAACGACAACGAAGCACUGAUGCAGCAGGAGAACGAUUAAAGGAAGCUGGCAAUAUUAACAAGUCGUUGUCGGCUCUUGGUAAUGUCAUUCUGGGCUUGUCAGAGCAGUCAGUGGGCAAACAUCGCCAUGUGCACUACCGUGAUUCGAAGCUGACAUUUCUACUGAAGGACUCGCUUGGUGGAAACUCGAAAACAUUUAUGAUUGCAACCAUUUCACCAGCAGAAGACUCUGCUUUCGAGACACUCUCUACUUUAAAAUUUGCCCAAAGAGCAAAGAUGAUUCAGAACAGUGCAGUCAUUAACGAAGACUCUGUCGGCAGUGCCCUCUUAUUGCAAGAAGAAAUUCAACGACUUCGACGGCAGCUUCAGCUGCAGAAGACACAGCAAAAAAUAUCGCCCGAUAUUCGAGGGUGCAGUUUGCUUCUACAGCAAGGCGGAACACUAUCAGAUAUCACAUCAAGCCAAGACUCUGUUGCUCCAUCGUCUCAGCAAUAUGGACCCUACGAUCCUGUCACUGACACGCGCUUUCGCGAGCUGGAAGAAUCGUUUGCAACGACUGCUGAGAAAAAUGAUAGACUACUGCGUUCGUGCGAGUUUCUGCAGCUUCAAAAUGGAAACUUUCAAGCGCUGUGCGCAGAUUUAAAGCAAAGUGUUGCGCAGCUAAAAAUGAUGCUACGACUUCGUGGAAUUGGCGGCACAGAAGUGCAUGAAUAUAAGCCUUCAGCGGAUGCCAUUGAAUGGAGGAUGAAGUACGAGGAGAUGGAGGAGCGCGUUGUUGAGCUUCAGGACAAGCUACAAUGCAAUGGAAUUGAAGAUACUGGCAUCGCAGAAAAGGUUAACAGCGAAGUUGAGAAUGUCAAUAUGAUGCUGUUAACGUUGACGAAACAGCUUGCUUUUGUGCUGCGCGAGAAGCAUGACUUACAAGACCGACUGUUGGAGAAUCAAGCUGACAAGGACAAAAGCUCAGUGGGUUUGUUUUCGCAAGAAGUUGUAGAUGCAGACUUUUCUGCCCGGUUGGAGGAAUCGCUAAAGCAGCAGGCAAGCGAAUAUCAGGCAAAGGUGGACUCUGCGGCAUCCGUCAAUGCAGUUUUGGAAGAGAAAGUAGCAGAGACAUCGCUUGAGCUUUUCCAGAUGAAGGAGCUGAAAGCUUCCUGGUCCGUCCAGCAACACGACCUUGAACGCCGACUUGCAGAUUCCACAGCAGCUCUACAAAAUUUAGAGGAAGCUCAAUGUGCGACCAAACGACUGCUGGUGGAAGAAAAGACCAGAGCUGAAAAACUGCAGAUACAACUGGAUCGAGUGCAUCAUAGUGCCCAACUUAAGCUUGAGGCUGCACUGGCUGACCGUGCCACUGCUAAUCAAUCUCUUGAGCAUUCCAACACAUUGUUGAUGCAUCAGCUUGCUGCUGCGAAUAGGGAUCUCUUACAACGUGAGUGUCAGGUCCAAAAUGCCGACGACGAGUUGGCUCGUGUAAAGGUGGAAGUGAGCAAACUCGAAGAGGCAAACCAGAGGACAUUGUUGGAAGUUAGUGACACUCGCGAUGAACUGAAGAAAACUGUCUUACAAACAGUCCACCUACAAGCCAAGAUUGUCGAAUGUGAGAGUGUAAUUGAUGAGCAAAAGCGUUCUGAAGCCGUGGUUAUUGUGGAAAAGAAUAUUCUGGAACAAAAGCUUGAGGAGUUCAGUCAGUCCCUGAGACAGAUGCAGGAGGAUGCUUGUGCCACCGCGCAAAACCAUACAGAAGCGAUAGAGUCGUUGAAGCGUCACGCACAGGAGGAAGAGCAAAUGUUGAUUGAGGACUUUAAGGAGAAAUUUCGAUUGAAAGAUGAAAAGCUGCAGCAGCUUCGCUCUGACUUUGAUAUAUAUAGAGCCGGUGCAGAAGAAGCUGAUCGUCUCCACAGCUUGAUGCUGAAAGAGAAGGACUUGUCACUUACGGUGCUUCAGCAGCAGCUUGAUGACCAGAAACAGGAAUCUCAGCUAGCGUUGGGAGACGUCCAGCAGAAGUUGUCCAAAACACUCGCUGAUCUUUCUCAGCUUUUUGAAGAGAAGAACAAAGUCGAAAUAGAUCGUGUUGCUGCAAUGCACGAAAUCGAGGAUCUUCAGGAUGGUAUGAAGAAACUUCAAACCGAGAAGGACGCAAUGACAGGUAAGAUCCAUAGUUUGUUACAGCAUUCAAAAGAAUUGCAGGUGAAAACGAAAGAACUGGAUGAUCAGAACGCGGAGUUGCUGGAGCGAUGCGAUCUACAGCAAGCUCAGUUGUCGAGUUCGGAGGUCAAUAUCAAUAGGCUCACCCAAGAAGUUGAGGAGCUGCAGCAGCAGAUUGUCUUGCGGUCGAAUGAAGUAGCUAGUCUUUAUAAGGAUCUUGCAUUGGCACGAGACGAUUGUCGCCAGGCUGCAAUUACGCAUUCUCAACAGCGUGAUGAACUUGCCUCCAAUGCUAAAAAGAUUGAAGAGCAGCAGCAGAAACUUGCUGAAAGCUUGGAUAUCGUGAAGGAUAUGACAAACAAGCUUGAGAAGACAUCAAUUGCGAUUCGAGAUGCUGAAGGGAUCAUCUCAAGCCAGCGCGAAGAGAUUAAGCUGUACAGAGAAACUCAAUCCACGCUGCGCGACGAGCUGAAAAAUCUCGAAUUUGAUCGUCUCAAGGUAGCCAAGGCGCUGAAAAUAGAACAAGAAUUCAGGCAGAGCAUCGAAAAGGAUUUUGCUAAAGCCCGAGAGGUGUGGAUGAGUGAAAAGAGUGAGCUGGAACAACACUCUUCCGCAUCGAUCUUGGCUCUUGAGAAGCGAGUUGAUGAAUUGGCUCUCAGUGAGAAGACGCUGAUAUCUCUGAAGCAUGAAUUGGAGCAAGAGACUGUAUCACUCAAGACGUCAGUUGCAGAGCAGGUUAGGAAAAUUCAACAGCUUCAGGAUCGUGUUACCGACAGGGAGAACAAGAUUAUUGUGCUGGAGUCCAACACUACCAGCUCAGCCGCAACAAAGGAGAAACAGGCUAGCACUAUCGCCGAGCUGCAAAACAGUGUGCGUGGCCUCGAAUCUCAGUUAACGAAACAGGAAGCGAAGCUCGCCGAGAAGACGAUUGCUAUUACGGAAAAAGACGACACCAUUGCAACGUUAAGAGAUCGUGUGCAUGACGACGAGGUUGAGUGGGACCUGAAAACGCGUGAAUACAAAGCUGAGCUGGGGGCCGCACACGGCCAGGUACAGGCAUUUGAACAGUUAGUGGCCGAGAAGACUGCGGCGUUUGCGAAGGCCGAGGGAUCAUUCUUGACGGAGAAGUACUUGCUUGAGCAGAAACUCGAGGAAGGAGAGGAAAUCUUGGCGCAGCAGACUGAGCAGCUGAUGCAAGAGAUCAAGCAGCUUGAAGCAACCGUAGGACAAAAAGACGAACAGAUUGAGUUUGCCAAUAAAACUUUGGCUGAGUUCAAGGACCGCGUGGCACAGAGCGACAACAGCGUCAAGGUUAAAGAUUUGCAGGGUGCAAUCGAAGAACUCGAGGCGAAGCACAAAUCGGUUCAACUCGAAAACGCGGAUCUUAAGAAGGAGGCAGUGUUCAAGCUGAAGGAGCAGGAAGACGAGCUCAAUCGUCGUCGCAGUGCACUUGACGUUGCCGAGGAGGAAAUGAAGUCUCUUCAAAAAGCGUUGGAAGCACAGAAGGCAUCAGCUGAGAAUGCUCUGAAGGAAGUCAAGGCGGCGACAGCGGCUCAAGAUGUAAAUGGUCAAGCUAAGCGCAAAUUUUUAGCUGAGAAGGUGAAGAUGCAGCGAGAGAUUCAAACUCUUACGAAAAAAGUGGGGAUGUUGUCAAAGGAAAACGAGAAGCUAGUCGGUCAUCACAACAGCCGGCAAAAAAUUCAGCACCACGUGAAGGUGAAGGAGGAGAACAACCGUCUACUGGACCAGGUGCGACUGCUGACAGACGACAAGCUUAAAUUGCAGCGCUCGCUCAAGAAGCUACAGACGAUGCUCAAGGAGAAGGAGAACAUUGUGGGACCUACAAGUAAUACGCCGCCAACCGUGUCGCCUAUCUCAAACACUUCGUCAAGCGGAUCAAUUCCCGUAAUGAAAGUCAAGAGGCCGAGUCUUGGCAGCGCGUCAAGUGCAACUGCUGGAACAGCAGCUUCUGCUGCAAGAGAAGCAGCAAAAUUAGCAGCACGAGGUGGUUCUAUCAGUCGUUCGGCGUCACCUGGACCAACCAAGAAACGAGCAAGGUCACAUAUAAGUUCAUCAGGACCGGGUUGGCAGAAUUAG